GUGUUUUGACUUGUUUGCCUCACGGUCGAGGACGAACUGGAGGUUAAAGAUGGCGGCGUUGACAUCGCCGCUACGUGUGUGCCGCGGUAUACUGAAGGAGAUUCGGGCACUAAAGGGACCCGAAUACAAACAAACAUUGGCAUAUAAUUAUGUUUUGGAUCAAUUCCGUAAAAAUCAGGUGAGCAGUGAGAGGUAUUGCCGCGCCCAGGAAGAGGCCCUCCACGACUCCCAGUCCUACUUGUGCCUGCUGACCUCCACCCGGCUCAACCUCGCCCUCCACAAACUGUACCACGGCAAAGGGGAGCGUGGGCUGGAGGAGGCGGCAGGAAUGGUGGGGCUCAGGCUGCCCAAGCAGCCGGGAGGGAAGGGAUGGGAGAAAUGACCCGUAGAAAGACACACCGACCCAACAGAACCCCAGCAGAACCACCACAGACGUUCCACUUACCCGAGAGAGGAUCGCAAAACGACUGGACUGACAACCUAGAUAGCACAAAUAGAUGUGUUUGGGGGUGGGGGUGGGGGGGGGGUGGAGAACGCCAGGAGGAUGUUUUUUUGUUUUUUGAGAUGAGAAAAACUGAAGAACAAACAUGGCCCUGAGAGAAAGGGAGAGGGCAUAGACUGAUACAGAGGAAAAGAUAAACAGACAGGCAGACGGAUAGACUGAGUGGAACAUCCUACAGCAAAGGAAGAUGUUCCCUUUAAUCAAUCAGUGAGUCAGUCUCUAAAUACGACCAGCCCACCCUCUCCUUUAGUUUCGCUGUUUCUACAUCUGUACAACUGGAAAAGUUAUACUGUGAAAAUAAAGAGAUGUUUGUAAAUAUGCAUAUAAAUCUGUGACUUUAAAUUGAGCUAUUUUUCUGUUAGUUCCACUUUGGUUCUCGGUCAGUGGCCUGUUCUAUCAGAUUUCCUGUCUUUUGACCAUGCACAUACUGCUUAGUUUGCAUGUGCAUCGUUCAAUAUUUGACCUUGAAUGGGGUGAGCCACGAUUUUUCCUGGCUCCUUUGGGGAAAAAUGAAGAUGGAAUAUUUGUGUGCUGCCAUCAUCAUCGUUGAACGGUAGCUCGGACAAGGGAUGUGUGAUUCUGACACAUUUGUUCACUAUUACCAUUCUUGUGUGAGGCAGGUACACCACUAAGUGAAGACCACAUUAAUGAGAUCCUAUUAGGAGCCUAAAUACGGGUAAACCCACUACAAUACCAUUUUUAUUUGGUAUUUAUGGAACAGAAGCGGCCUGUUUAGACAGUCUACCUGCAAUGAAUAAAGACUUUGUUUGCUACAA